CGCAAACAGUCCACAGUCCAGACACUCAUAGUGUCACCCCAUUAUAUUUAUUGUUAUUAUUGUCGAUCGUCGGCUUUUGUUGUUCGCCCGUUUUCCCGCCAUACCGCGAAAGAUUAUCACCAUACCGUUCUAUUUGCGUAAACCAUCAUUUCGUUUAUGCCAUUCGAAACUAUACUUGUCUGCGUUCGGCACGGUUGCGGAACGCGCUACGCGUAAACAUUAUUAAUACAACUUUAAUCGUUUGUUUCGCUUACGAGCACAUUCGACAUUCGCGCGUACCGUAGUUAGCGUCGUCGUCCCCGCCGCCGCCGCCGCCGCCGCCGUUGUUAUUUGCGUACGGCCGGCCUGUGUUGUGUUACCUACGCCGUUUUGUUGUCGCCGUCGCCGUCCGCGUUUCAACCAUUGAAUAACAAUAAUACCCAAUACCAAAACGUUUCUCUUGAAUAUUAUUGUACGUUCGUUUUGUAUAUUUUUUUUUUCCCGUGCGUACCUAUAGUUAUGUGCUGUUUGUCAGAUCUGCCGUAAUCGGUCGGGCAGUGAAAUUGUUGGGCUGAUCGUUGAGGACAUAUCUGGGUUUUUUUUGUGUGUAGUAGGCACGUCGAAAAUUAUCGGUACACAAUGGGUGUACCCGUCGGUACGGUGCACGACGAAGACGUUUACAACGGGAAAUACCUGGAGCUCUGCAAGGGCUUAAACUUGGACAAGAAUGCCGCCAACCGGGCAUGGGAAACUUACCAGACCGUCAGGGAGAACUAUUCAUUGGACGUAAUGCAUUCCUCCAAAUUUUUACUACAUGCAGUGUACCUUUUAAAUCGAAAACAUGAUCUAAUAGGUUUUGUAUUGUUUCUCUGCAGGGCGAUGUGAGCCAUUGGUUGGCCUGUGCCAUUUAUGUUGCGUGCCGUAAUGUCACUGAACAUACAGUUGGAGAUACCGAAACUUUGAUCGAGGGCAAUUUAGUCAGUUUAACACGACUCCUCCGUUUAUGCAAUAUUAGGUAAGUAACCCUUGAGAUACUAGGUAGUUAAGAUUUAUGUAAAGAUGUCUUUUCUUAAGUAAGUAAAUUUUUUGUUUAGCCUUAUCCAUUUUAUUGGAAAAAGCAAGAAAUGGGCUGAUAUGAUUAAUAUGCCAACGGAAUUGCGCCGUAAAAUUGAUAAAUUGGAAAAAAACUUUGCAGUUUCAAUGGUUAUAUUUAAAAAAUUUCAACCCAUAUUUACAGCUAUGUUUAACAAUAUCAAAGAUGAUCAAUCCAAGUUUCGAUUUUCUAAAAAGCAAAAGUACGUUAAUUCAUUUAUUCAUAUUAUAUGUAGGUAGGCCAAUGUAUAUUAAUUAUAUUCUUCUCCAUAUACUAUUAAUUAUUUGUAAUCAGCCACCCUUAUUCUAAACUUUCCAUUGACUCGACUUACCUAAUCUCCUCCAUAUCAUUCUUAAUUGUAUCUAACUACUUUUCAAUCUUCCUCUACUAUCAAUUACCCAAAUUUAUUAAUUAAAUAAUUUUUGUUUAGAGUAACAUGUUCAGCAGCUAAACUUUUUGAAUUUUGCUGGACAUUGUUUGUUGUUGCUAAAUCUGAAUUUCCAAAUUUGGGUGAAAAUUUGGUGAACUCGUAUCAUUUACUAUUGGCUUGUUGUGAUUAUGUAUAUACUAAUGUUCUUAUGGCCGAUUUAAGAGAUUUGUUGAACAAAUCAUUUGGAGGUAAGAUUAUGAGACUAGGUAAUUAAAUAUACUAUUCAGUCAUAAAUUUGGCAUUAUGUAAAUUUUCCUUCUAGGUCUACCCCAAGAUUUUGAAAAGGCUUCUUAUGUUCCACCUUCUAAACCCUUUUGUAUAAUUGAUUAUUUGUGCCAACAUUAUGAUGGUAUAACUACUGAUGCAAAAGUAAUCAAGGAGUACUUUUGGAAAAACAAUCUAAAAAAAUUGAUUGAAAAAAAGGUAAAUAAGUAGUUAUUAUUAAAUAAGUAAAGAUGGAUAGUAAUCAGUUUGUCAUUAAAAAAAAACUUCCCAGUAUUUAAAAUAAUAAUAUUUAAAAACUUGAAUAUAUUUUGUAAUAUUGAGUAUUGUUUGAUAAUAAAAAAAGCCUCUGACAUAUAGUAAAUAAAUAUUGUAUAUUUAUAUACAUAUAAUAAUAAAAAAAUAAACCGAGGAAAAUCAUUAGAUACUUCUCAAUAAAAUCAAUAUAAAAGGUGAUGUGUUUCCUGUUUUUACAUACACAAAAUAAUGUUUUCUCUAUUAGCCUGUGUUUGAUUUAAUGUUCAUCAUGGAAAUAUUAAAAUUUAAUAAAAAUAAUGAAAAAAUUGCUUUACAUGGUUGUAUGUACACAAUAUUUACUGUGUAUAAAUGUUUUAUUUUUAAUUAAUAAUAUACUGCCGAAAUGUAAAUAUACAAUUUUAUUUUAUAACUGGGGACUUUUCUGGUAUUCAAUCAAUUACAUAUAUCAAAGUUAAAUAACUCUGUUACGGUUUAUUUGUAACUUGUGACAAUUAAUUAAUUAUCUACAUUUUUAAUCAACUUUAAAAUUAAAAUUACUAUAAUUUAUUUUGUAAACUGUAGUAAAAGUUACAUAUAACCCGAGUUAGAGAUAAUAAUUUAUUUUUAUUUUGAAUUUAUGAUUUUGUAAAGUGUAAAAAAUGUAUUAAUAAACAAUGUGUUAACUUCACUCUACCAUAAUAUCUUAUUAUUAGGAAAUAUAAUAUGAUGGUCAAAUUUUCAAAACGUUUUGGUAAUUUUUGAGCUAUUUAUAGCUAUUUAAAAUGUUCUUUAUUUAAUUUUAUAUGAAUAAAAUUAUUUUUGAAGAGCAAAAAUGUUCGAAAGCUUAAUACAAGACUUAUAAUAAUCAUUUAAUGUUUAAUAUUUUUAAAAAAAAAAAUAGUGGAAUGUUGUAGUUUUUUUUAAAUAAUAUAUAAGUACAUAUUACUUGUAACCAGUUACACUAUAUAACAUAUAUUGUAAUUUGCUUAUUUGUAUGUAAAGAUAUGUACAAUUUAAAAUUCCAAUUUUUCUUUUUUAAGGUGCUAAAAGGUGAUCCUAAUUUGAACUUACUCUUGGAUGUGGGGAAUUUUGAUUUCAAUUAUAAGGCAAUCAAUAAACGUUAUGAACAAUAUGUUUUGAGUGUUGGUGAAUUCGAUGAACGAAUAUUCCUUUGUAAGCUAGCAUUUUAUGUACAUUUAAUACACUGUGUGUGUGUGUAUAUACAUUUUUUAUUAAUAUAUGCAUCACUUUUCUAUAAGUUAAAGUUUAAAAUUUAAUAGAUUAAUUUUUUUGUUUUGGUUCUUAAUAGCUGAUAAUGCUAAUAAUGAAAUUGGGGCAUCAAAUGAAUGUACAACAGACGAUCUGGCCAAAGAAAUGAAAAACCAAAAGGUAUUUACAAAAAUUAAAAUUACACAUAAAUAUAUAACUGAGGCGUAAAAUAUUUUUAGAAUAAUUUGUUUAAUCAACAAACACCGCUCACUGGCCGAAAUCAUUUAAAACCAAAAAUUGACAUUUCCGAUGAGAGUACUCCUGUUAAAAAUGCUUCUGAAAUGGUAUUCAAAAUACAAUCUAUUUUAACAGAUUGUCUACCUUAUCCAUCUGAUAAAUUGAACACAUUGUUAAAGUAAGUGCUAAAAUGUCAGAAUUUAAUUUAAAAAAAAAAAAAUUGAUUGUUUUUUUUUUUUCAUUUUGUUUUUACAGGUCAUGUUCUGAAAUGUUGAAAAAUGAAAUUGAUAAUCUAAUAAAAAUAUUAGGAAAUAAAUUUUGCACUCAAUAUUGUAAGGUCAAUUCUGCUCUGAAUCAUGAUUUUGCAAAAAAAAGGUUAAUUAUGGCUAAGACAUGGUUUUAUAAGCUGUUUGAAAAUAUUAUUGCAAAAGAAGCAAAAAAUCCAAAAUAUGACAUUAAAGUGUGUAUUAAAUUUAAAAUUUUAAAUUAUCAUAUUUUUAUUAUAUUACAGUAAGCGUGUAGUGCAUGUUUUUUUUUUGUUUCUUCUUUUUGUCUUGCUUCAAUCAUUAAAGGACAAACAUUUUUUUAUAGUAUUUUUGAUCUAGUUGGUGUAUUGAUAAGGUUAUUUUUCUUUUUUUUAUUUUUCGUGUAGUUUUCUUUUAAUACUUGGAAAAACGAAAUCAUACAACAUUAACAGUUUCAUUAUUUUUUAUUUAUGUUGUAAUUCAUUUCAAAAUAUUGAAACAUUCCCAAAAUACUUUGGUUGAGUUUUUCUAUGCAUGAUCAAUUUUUCAAGCUAUUUAUAGACAUUUGUCAUUUUAAAGUUUUUUGUUUUUAUUUAUAUAAAAUUGGCCAAAUGAAAAUGUGAAUCGUUAUGUAGGUUUUAUAAGUGUUGUUCAAAUUUUAAUUAAAAUUGUAAAACAAAGAACUUUAAAAUAUACUUCGUUUGGAAUGAAUUAUAUUUUAUUAACAAAUGUUUAUUGUUUCGUACAGAUACAAAUUAAAUAAAUCUAUGUAUUUUUAAUUAUUACCUAUUAUGUUAAUAUUACUUUAAAGAAGGUAGUGUUGAUUAAAUACUAUGUUACUCAAUGCUCCAUCUGUUGUCUGUAACGAAAAGUUGUUGGUUUCCAAUGCGAUCUUAGCGGCCAUUUCUAAUUAGUGAUAUUAAAGACAUAAAACUAAUUAAUUGCCCUAUUUAUUAAAAAUUAAUAAAUUUAAAUGGCAUUAUAUACCCUAACCUAACCUAAAUUGUAGACUAAAUAAGGGACCUCGUUACCUAAAAAACACAUGAUAUGCGUCUAUUAUGUAAACAUUACAACAACACAGUGCAGUUUGAGAAUCCAUUGCUAACGACUGGUCUAUGGUGGGCGAGUGAUGGGGGCCACCGCCCAGUUUUUGUGUUGCAGACUAGAGCAUAGUUGAACAUAAGCAGGGAUUCUGUAACAAAAUAGUGACAAUAAAGAUUUACAGCUAUAAUUUUGUGAGAUGCUUGUACAAUUAAAUGUAUGGGCUUUAAAUUUAAAUUUGUGAUAGAUUAUCAGCAAUCAAAUUAUAAUACUUAACCCUCCUCCCCCUCAAAAUUAAUAUUUAUAUUGCUUUUUUAUCAUUUUGGUGUGUCUAAUCACUAAAACUUAGUAAAAUAUUUGUGCACAAAACUGGUAUAUUGUUUUAAGAUUUCAAUUUAUCUUAAUAUAAUAAUAUUUUGACUAUUUUUUUGUUUUUUAGACUUUGAUUUGUCAUAGUGUAUUUCAUGAGACACUUUUUGCAUGUUGUUUGGAGAUGGUAAUGUUUGCCUAUAAUACAGAACGCCCAUUUCCGUGGGUACUUGAUGCUCUUCAAAUCCAUCCUUACCAUUUCUAUAAAGUAAUCGAAGUAAUUGUCCGCGUGGAAGAUAAAUUACCUCGAGAUAUGGUCAAACAUUUGAAUAGUGUAGGUUUACAAUUAAUUAAUUUUUAAACUUUUUUCUGUCAUCAUAAUAACAUUUAUUAUUAUUUUUAAAUUUUCUUUUAGGUUGAAGAACAAGUUUUGGAUAGUUUAUCAUGGCAGUCUAAAAGUCCGUUAUGGGAUUUAAUUGACAAAAAUCAUAAGGUUAUUCCACAUUAUGAAGAUAUAGCUUUGGUUACUAUUUCUGGAGGAGCACCAACAUCUAAUGUAAAUCAAAUGAUCGAAAAUAAUCGUUUAACACAUAAAGGUCGGUUUUAAUAACUGUUUAUUUUAUUAAACUUUUAUGUAUGUGAAUAUAAAACAAAAAAUAUGCAUUGUUGUAAAUUAUAGAUAGCCCAGUUUCUGAUAGAUUCAUAUCGCCUGCGCCUGGUCAAAAUGCUAUAAAAGUUGUUAAACCAAAUAGUAUGAAUGAAAAUAGACAAUAUAUUCCAAUUGCACCAAAGAAUAAUAGUGCAUCGUUGCCUAUUGUGACUGGUCCAUUGAAAAAAAUUGGUACUUUAGGACUCUUUUUCAGAAAGGUUAGAAAUUUUAUUCAAUUUUUACUAAGUAAUGUAAAAUAUAGAUUGAUAAGAGUUUAAAUAAUAUUAUGUUUUCAUUUCUAUAAUGAUUUUUAUAAAAACAACACAUUUGCAUUCAUUAUGUCAUAAAACAAAAUCAAAAACUGUAUAAAAUAGACAAUAUUUGAUGUAAAAAUUAAAUUAAAUUAUUAUAAAAUGUUUCAUCAUAUUAAUAAAUUUUAAUCCAUAAUUGAAUGAGUAAAUGUUUUUUUAUGUUUCAUUAUUAUUCAGUAAAAAAAAUAUUUGUUUUGUAUAUAAUUAAAUAUUUAAUUAAAAGUUCUGAAGUUAUUUUAAAAUAUUUUUUUUAUUUAUUCUAGUUUUAUAAUUUGGCUUCAGUUCGCAUGCAAGAUUUAUGUUAUCAGUUAAGCAUAAAUGAUGAAGAUUUAAUUCGGAAGAUUUGGACAUGCUUUGAAUAUGUAAUUAUUGAACAUACAAAUAUGAUGUGCGAUAGACAUUUAGAUCAGAUAUUGAUGUGUACAAUCUACAUUAUUUGUCGAGUAAAGAUUUAUAUUUUUGUUUAUUUUGUUUUAUAUGUGUAUAUUUGUUAUUGAUAAAAUAUUAUGAUGUUCAUAGGUGGUCAACUGGAAUUUGUCUUUCCAAAACAUUAUGAAAUGUUAUCGAACUCAACCGCAAUCUGCUUCACAUAUAUAUAGAAGUGUUUUAAUCUCUUCUCGGAAUUCUAGUCAAAGUAAAAAUUAGCAUUUGAAAUUUCUUGUUUAGGAAAAAUAAUUUUGAAUAAAGUGUUCUAUAUAUUUGUAUGUAAUUGUUUUUGCAGACCAUGUCCAAAGUGAAGGACAAAAUAGUGAACAACGUAUUGACCUUAUUAAAUUUUACAAUACUAUAUUUGUUCAAGUGGUUAAGGAUAAUGCUUUAAAGUAUUCUACAAACAGUGUAAGUUUUUUAAUAAAAUUGUACAAAUUAUUUAAAUCUUAUUUUUUUUUUUGAAUUAUGAACAUUUUUUUUUAAAAAAUUAGAUUGACCUCACACUAUCUCCUUUACCAGCUAUUAAGACACAGUUGCAAUCGCCAACUACACGGCGUGUCAAUGAUCGCUUACCAAUAUAUAUACGCAAAUUAGAAGCUCAAGUUAGUCCAAUUAAAUCACCAAUCAAACCGUUGAGUUAUUGUAUAAAUCAGAGUCCUAAAAAAGUAAGAAAAGUUUUUAAUUUAAAUUAAUUUACAAAUACACAAUUUUAUGUCAUGAUAAAAAAUUAUAAUUGGGAAACAAUUUUAAUUAAAAUGUAUCAAUUAUAUUGAGAAAUGUAAAAAAAAAAAAAAACCGUUUUGUAUUAAAAUUAUCAUUUUUGAUUGACCAAUGACAUCAAUUCCUUAAAUUAGUUGUCUCUUUAAAAACAUGAUACACAAUGUAAAUUGAUUAUUUAUAAUUGCGUUUGAUAUAAUGUAAUAAUUUUAAGAUUGCUCGAAAUAAAAUUAAAAUUUCUAAAUACUAAAGUAUUAGUACUUUAAAUUUUAUUCAUUUAGGAUCUAGAAAAUAUUAAUAUGAUAACAAUGCGUACAAUACCUAAGAAGAGAAACAUCACUGAUGAACAUGUUAACGGGCCAAUUGCAAAACAAAAAACUCCUUCUCCUCCUGUAAUAGCUAAAAGAUUACAGGGACUUUUAGAAGAACGUAUGGAACAUAACACUGAUAAGUAACAUACUAAAUAAUAUAUAUAUAGUCUUCAUUUUUCUAUCUUUUGUGAAUUUUUGCUCUAAUAAUGAUAAAUUCAACACUAUUUAAAUAUUAAUCUAUAAAAAAAAUAUUUGUGUCCUUUUAUAUACAUGUUUUUUUUUUUUUAAUAUAUAUAUAUAUAUAUAUAUAUAUAUAGUUUUAUACUUUGUAAUUAAAAAAAAUUUUCUUUUUUUUUAAAUUAUUAAAAUGUGUUUGUGUGUUUGUUUAUUUCAAUCUAAUACCUCACAUUUGGAUAAAUUUCACUUAACCGUUUAUUUUAUUAUAUAUAAUCUAAAAUCUACAGGACACAAUUUAAAUAAUUUAAGAUCAUUCAAUUUUUAACAAAAUACACAAUAAAUGUGUUUAUUAUAAAAAUAUAUUAUAAUUAACAUUUUGAAAGUCAUAAUUUAUCAUUAAUUGCAGUUUUGAUUAUUCUGGAUCUCAUUCUCUUUUAUAUAUCUCGUUAUUUACAAUAACUUUUGUAAAUCUUUAUUUUUAUCUUUUACUACAAUCCUAAUUUGUAUUAGUUCAUUUAUUAAGGUGUAAUGAUAAAUAUUAUUUUCCUAUAUCUUUUCUAAGAUAUUUUUAGAUUUAUCCAAAUGGUGUGUGAAUAUUUUAUGCUUAUUAACAUGCCUUUAGAGAAAAAUUGUUUAACUGAACUUUUUUUUAAAAUAUAUUAGUAUUUUUAUGUUGAAUUUUAUUUAUUAUCAUUUAACCCAUGAUAUCCCUUUUAUAAAAUGUUAACCUUAAUAUUAUUAUGAUUUUAAAUUAAAUUAUUUGUGUAUAAAAUAUAAUUAAUUAACCUAGAGUUGACACUCCAAAAGUUUUUAUUUAUUAUUAAUUAUAUCACCUUUUUAUUAUUGAAUUUUAAAACAAAAACAUUGUUUUAAAAUGUAAUGUUCUUUGGUAUAUUCAUUUAUUGAAUCAUAAUUUUUUCAUUUUGAAUUUAUUUAAGAAGCUUAUCAAAUUAUUUUAACUUAUCAAUUGUUUACCAUAAAGUACACAAUUAUGAAGUCCUUUCACAAUAUGCAUAAAAAAUAUUUCUAUAGCUUUUAUUUUAUUUUUUAUGAAAAUCAAAAUAUAACAUUACUUAUUGUUAAAAACAAUUAUGUAAUAUGAUAUUUUUUUUCUGUUUGAAAAUAAUCAUUUAAUGAUGUACAAUAUAAGUUGCUCUAAGAUACGUUAUUAAAUUAAAUUUUGUAAAACAAAAGAAUAACCAGGUAAUAAUAAAAUAAAAAAUAAAUGAUAUAAUUGUUUUUAAGAAAUAUUUCUAAAUUCUUUAUUUAAAUAUAUUAUAUAUAAUUUAUUUAAUUAUAAAUAUUUCUAAAUUUCUAAAUAAAUUCUUCAUUAUUAUUAUAUUGUGACAUAAUUUUUUGGACAAACUAAUUUACUUUUAAAUAUUAAUUAAUCAAAGGAAAAAUUUACAAUAUUUUGGGUUUGGUUUCUAAUAAGAUAUUUCCAAAUUUGUAUUUAAUUGUAGAUUUAUUUUGUGUUUCAAAAUAACAUUCAGACUCCAUCUAUCAGUUUAAUGUUUUAAUUAUAUUUAAGUUUUAUUAAUCACAUUCAAACACUAUUUUAAUUUUUAAUAAACAUACACAAUUAUUAAUUAUAAUAUAUAAUUGGUUUGUACUAAAUAAUGUAAAUCAAAUAAAUUUAUUUGUGAUGAUGUGAUUUAGAUUACAUUUUGUACUAAAACACAGUUAUUAUGAAAUUGCAAUAAGAUAAAAAAUUAGUUAUUUAUAUUCCUCCUAACACCAAAUUAAGAAUCUAUGUAAUAAUAUUAUAUUGUGGUUUAAAAAGACAAUUUUCCAUAUAGCAGUU